AUGCGGCAUGACAAUGCCGUCCGCGAAUUUAAAGAUCUCCUCAAAGAGACGAAGAUUAUCACUUACAAGAGUAAACGUAUGAUUGAGGAGAAUGAGCAACAUUUGAAGGAUAUUCUUGCUGUUCUGGAGAAUGAUAAGCGUUGGAUGCGCAUGUCGGAGAAUCACGCAUCAGAACGUGAUCGUAUUUUGGACGAGUACAUUGAAGUAUUGCACCGUAAAGGAACGCCACCACCCCCAACGCAACAAGAACGUGAAAAACGUCGAAAGGAUGUCGCCCCGUCUUUGUGA